AUGUCGAUAUUGGCCACCCCGGGGAGCCCUAAUAAACAGUUUAUUCUCGGAAAAACCUGCAAUAUAAAAAAAAGAUACUCUCUCUCUCUCUCUCUCUCUCUCUCUCUCUCUCUCUCUCUCUCUCUCUCUCUCUCACGCAUGCUAGCUUCUUCCCUGUUUCGUCUAAAACCUACCCAUAAUUAUUCUGGUACUGGUAUAUUAUUCCUCUACGUCUGUCUCUCUUUCUCUUCCCUCUCUCUCUCUCUCUCUCUCUCUCUCUCUCUCAAUCUUUUUUCUUUCUUUCCACCAUUUUUCCUCCUUCUCCGCCUCUCACUAUGCUAUCUAUCUAUCUCUCCGAUUCUGUUCAUAUCUAUCUAUCUAUCUAUCUAUCUAUCUAUCUAUCUAUCUAUCGCUUUCAGUAUGUUCAUAUCUAUCUAUCGUUUUCAAUGUGUUCAUAUCUAUCUAUCGUUUUCAAUGUGUUUUCAAUUUAUCUAUCGUUUUCAAUGUGUUCAUUAUCUAUCUAUCUGUCUAUCUAUCUAUCUAUCGUUUUCAAUGUGUUCAUUAUCUAUCUAUCUAUCUAUCGUUUUCAAUGUGUUCAUAUCUAUCUAUCGUUUUCAAUGUGUUUUCAAUUUAUCUAUCGUUUUGAAUGUGUUCAUUAUCUAUCUAUCUAUCUAUCUAUCUAUCUAUCUAUCUAUCGUUUUGAAUGUGUUCAUUAUCUAUCUAUCUAUCUAUCGUUUUCAAUGUGUUCAUAUCUACCAAUCUCUCUAUCUAUCUAUAGUUUUCAGUGUGUUCGUAUAG